UGACUUUUCGCUGGUCACUGGUUAGACGUUUUUUUGUUGUUCAAGAAAAUAUUCACUAAUAAUUAUUAAUUUAAUUAAUAGUGUUUUCGAAAUGACUGUCGUAAAUUUUUUCGUGUUAGAUAAUUUCAUUGUUUUAUACACAAAUUUAACAGCUACCCUAAUAUAGGUCAUGUUUAUUUACUUGACUGUUGUGAUUAGACUUCCUAGUGUUUAAAUUCAUGUAUUUUAUCAGCUACAAGUGGUUAUAUCAUAAAAAUGGAUAAAGGCGUAACGUGUGAGCAUCUUAAUAAGCUCGCUGAUGUUUUAGACCAAGAACUUUGGCAGUCAAAGGAGUCUCUGACUUGUUAUGACUGUGGAUGCUCAGGGCCAAAUCUUUGGAUUUGUCUUCAAACUGAUUGCCGGCAUAUUGGAUGUUCAGAGGUUAAAAAUGACCAUAGUACUACACACCAAAAGACCUACCCUCUACAUUGUGUUCAUAUGAAUAUAUCAACGGAGAGAAUAUGGUGUUACCUUUGCGAGAAAGAGGUGCACAUUGGUGCUGCCCUGGCACAUGCCAAACUGGGUGUCCAUUCAACAAGUAUAGAGGACAUGUCAGUGAGCACACGGCUUGGUUCUGUCGGUAUCAGCGUCAACGACGAGGAAUUGGAAGACGAUGAAUAUGAUGACGAUGGAAGACCAAGAGGUCUAGUAGGUCUUCAAAAUAUGGGCAAUACAUGCUAUAUGAAUGCAGCGUUGCAGGCCUUAAGUAAUACGCAGCCUUUGACCUCGUAUUUCCUCGAAUGUGCUGCGGCAGUUGCUGUUCUAUCAGCUGAUAAGAAACCUGGGUUAAGUCGAGCAUACCAAAAAUUAAUUAAAGAAAUGUGGAGUAGAAAAACAAGAGGCUAUGUUGUACCGAAUGGUAUUUUAUAUGGGAUACGAAAUGUACACCCAAUGUUUCGUGGUUACCAACAACACGAUACUCAGGAAUUUUUAAGAUGUUUCAUGGACCAGUUGCAUGAGGAACUCAAAGAACCGGUUUGGGAUAAUACAGAAGAUAAAAUUGUCUCCGAGUCGGAAGGUGAGCCCCAAGAGACCAGGACAUUGCAUAUACGACGGAGAGCUGUAUCAUCUGGAGCCAGCGACGCACCAUAUUUUGCACGAAUGCGGCGGAAGUCACCUGCUUCUUCAUAUAGCGAACCGAGACAUGAUGGAUAUUUGAGAAUACAGCAGUCAGACGGCUAUCAAUCCCGGCACCGACGAUCUGCGAGUUUUGGGGGGACACAGCACUUAACAUACAAUGUGCAUACGCAACAGAUAAAUGGUCCAACUAAAGAUAUACAUUCGAGGGAUCUGGGUUCAGAAUCGGAGUUGUCUUGUUCGAGUGAGGCAGAGGAGAGAUAUGAGACAUGCUCAAGUGGGGCCAGCGAUAUUGUGGAAACCAGGGCACGAAGCAAAUCCAGUGGCAGUGUCUGCGGAGGUGGAAGCGGGGAUGGUACUCGCGGAGUACGAUAUCGCAGUAUCGUGUCAGACGUCUUCGAUGGCAAGCUGCUCUCGUCUGUGCAGUGCCUUAUAUGCAAUAGGGUGUCGACUCGAGUGGAAACAUUCCAAGAUUUAUCUCUACCAAUACCUUCGCGGGAACAUUUGGCCGUGCUAAGAUGUCAGCAGCCGAUUCUCAACCAUCCACACGUGUCUCAAGAAUCUUGGCUAUGGUGGCUCGUCAGCUGGCUUCGGUCGUGGUUUUAUGGCCCAAUGGUGUCGCUGCAGGACUGUCUCGCUGCCUUCUUUAGUGCUGACGAGUUGAAAGGCGAUAAUAUGUAUAGUUGUUCCCGGUGCAAUAAACUGCGCAACGGCAUCAAAAUGUCAGGUGUUAUGAAGUUACCGGAAGUACUGUGCGUGCAUUUGAAACGCUUCCGGCAUGAACUCAUGUUUAGCGCCAAAGUUGCUGCGAGGGUCUCCUUUCCUAUUAACGACCUCAAUAUGGCGCCGUAUACGCAUAAAGAAUGUACAUCAAAAAUAAACAGAUACGCCCUUUGUGCGGUUAUAUGCCACGCGGGGACGGCGGGAGGGGGGCAUUAUACGUGCAUAGCUCGGACGAACACGAACACGGACGACAAUUGGUACGCGUACGACGACGCCACGAUAACGCCCGUGCCCCUGCAGUAUUUGGCCACUUGUGAGGCCUAUGUGCUGUUUUAUAGGAAAGUGAACCCUCAAAUGGCGAUUUUGCGUCAAAAAGCAGCGGAAAUCCUCGAGGCUGCUAACAAUGAACCCAACGAUAUUAAAUUUUAUAUUUCUAGGCAAUGGAUUAAUAAGUUCAACACGUGGGCGGAGCCAGGGCCCAUAGACAACAGCGACUUCGUGUGCGUCCACGGCGGAGUGAGGGUGGAACGAGCGCCUCAUUUGGCCGCAAUCGCCGCCAAACUGCCCCAGCCCUUGUGGGAGUUCCUGCAUACUCAGUUUGGCGGUGGGCCGGCGGUGACACACGCCCAUGAGUGUGGGGCGUGUGCGCAUGCGCAGAACAAGUUGAGAGCUCGGAGGGAGGCCGAGCUCACGGCAUUUGGAGAUCUACAUGCGCUGUUUCAGGAGCAAGAGCAGCCAGGCGCCAUUUACGCGAUAAGCAUGUCGUGGUUCCGCCAAUGGCAGGCCUUCGUGCGAAACAAGACGCGGCGUCCGCCCCCGCCCGUUGACAACACGCCCAUACUUCACAAACAGGAAUUAGACGGCACAACGAAAUACACGUUGAAGCAAGGCUCGGAUCACGCGCAACUCAGCGAAGAUUUGUGGCGAUUUUUCAUAGACAUUUAUGGGGGCGGACCGGAAAUCCGGCUAAAAUCGCCCGAAGAAAAUUUACCAGUAAAAUACUCGGAAUCCGACCGGGAAGACUACUGCAACUCGGAUACAAACAUACAUGACAUGCAGAAGAAUCAAUCGCUUCAGAAUAUAAGGAAAUAUGACGAACACUGUCAGGAAAAUGGUUUCGAUUCAGACGUACAAAAUGGCCUCGAUUCAGAUACGAAUUUGUAUAAAACCGACUCGGAAUUACCAAAUCUUAAGAAGGGUAAAGUUAGGAAGAAUAGACGAAGAGUGCGUAGGAAUAAUUUUAGCAGACAUUAAUCUUACUGGUACUAAAUUAUCAGCCUAACACUUGAAAAUAAUUAUUACAUUUUUUCUUUUAAUGUCCGUCAGUUCUGUUUCAAAUAUUAAUUUUAAAAAAAUAGAAUUUUCCAUAUCAAAUAUAUGGAAUAUGUUUUAAAUUAACAAUGUAUAUUGUAUCGUUUGAAGCUAUUUUUUUUUGUAACUAUUUUGAGGGUAUGCCACUAAAAGAUACAUACGUAUUCCUAUAAUUGUAUCAGCAAGAGUAAUUUUGCUAUUUUAGCUUAAAAUAAAAAUUUAAACUGAAAAAAUUACAUUGAAAAACAAAAUUAAUAGUAUAAAUAAAGCUAUUUGUAACGUGGAAUAAAUAAUUCUAGAAAAGUGUAUGAAGUUUUCUCAAACUGACAUGUUUUUUUAUUUACGUAAAGGACAUUCCUUGCCGCUAGGGUUGCCAACGUCAAUAAAUGUACAUGUGUAAAUACUUUUAUUUCUUCAAAAAAAUAACGAUUCAUAUUUUAUGAAGCUUAUGUUCAUUCGCAGAUUAUGAUAGAAUUUUUAUAGUUACCUACUUUGACUUUUGACAACCCUAGUGUUUGUACAUUCUAGUUUAUUCUCGGUGAGCGGGGCGUGCAUUUAUCAAACGGGAAUCUUUUCUAUACGGAACGCGACUGAUUUUAAAUUAAGAGGGUAGUUUACUAAAUUUAUAUGGAGGGUGGGUUCUACGACUCGAAAUUGAAAAAAUCUUUAUUUUGCUUUAUCUACACAUUUCAACUCUAUGCUCUAUUGUUUAUCCAAAGACAAAAAAUAAUCUUUUUAUACUAACUUUUAUAACUAACAAAAUCAGCCGCGUUUCCAUCUAUAAACUGUCUACAUGUAGACAGUUUUUUAGUAUUUUUAGUACAAUUUUAGUUCAAAUUCAGAUAGAAAUGAAAUUAGGUACCUAAAAUGUUUAUAUAAUCGAACAUGUAUAUUUUAAUAAAUGUAUAUGCAAACAUAAAUGUAUAAAAUUUCAUGUUACUUGCAUUUCUUUUGACACAAUGUACCGUGGUUAAGGUAUUUAUUUUGUUAUCUAUGGUUCUAAGUCUAUGUGUUAUUUGUUAAUGGAUUGAUCACCAAUAAAAUAUAUUUCAACUA